UGUUCUGUCCUGGUUUCCGUGUUUCCCUUUAGCUUGCCAUGGAUAUGGCGUAAAGAAAAUGAACUCUUAUAAUAAUAUUAUAUUUGAAGCAAACUUGAAGAAGACCAACUUCAGUCCCCAGAGUCUCUCCAGAUCUCUAUCUUUCUGACUAUGGCUAGCCAAUGAGGGGGACUGGCCUAGCAGUCAGUUAUGAUGACGACAGUGGUGAGUAAGUUAUUCGGAGACGUUCUAGUCUUUAAAAAGUCAUCAUGCGCAGCCCUGUCUCAGAAGACAUCCGUGUUUGGAACAGCAGGAAGGGUUGGGUGCUGUAUUUUAACCAGCAUCACCACUUCAGAGAAGUUUGAGAUUGGAAUUCAUUUACUGAAACAAUCUCAAUUUCUUUUGACACACAUAUUUAAUAAUGACACUUUAAUGCUAAAAACUAAUAGAUGGCAAAUAACAGCUCAUUGGGUGGUGGUGAGUCCUUGCAACGGCAGAUCAAUGACCAGGUCAUUAUUGUGCUGAUCCUGGUGAUAAUGUUUCUUUGCAUCAACAUGUUGCUCAUUGUGACUUUUUUUAGAAAGGAGUGCUUCCGCACAACUACACGCUACAUCUUAUUUGCUGUUACAUUACUGUCUGAUAGCUUGUUGUUAUUCAUGUCUGCUAUACUUCUCAUCAUGAGCUAUUUUCGUUUCAUUAUGCAAGUUUGGUUGUGUAUUAUUAUCUGCAUCGUUGUACUUGUGUAUCUUACAGUCACUCCAGUUACUCUGACAGCAAUGACCCUGGAGCGCUACGUUGCCAUUUGCAUGCCCCUGCGGCAUGCAGAGCUGUGCUCCACUCGCAGCACUAUACAUUGCAUCCUCAUCAUUCACGGCCUCAGCUCUGUACCCUGCAUUGUUAUUCUCUCUGCCUUCUUUGCAUCAGCAUCUCUUAGCAUGUACAAACACUAUAAGGUAUGUUCUGUGGAGAUGUUCAUGUUGUACAGGUGGCACGAUCAUCUUAGGUCAGCUGUUAGUCAGUUUUACUUCUUGAUCAUGUGUAUCAUCAUUUUAUUCUCUUAUGUUAAAAUAAUGAAAGUGGCCAAAGCUGCAUCAGGAGAGAAUAAAAAGUCAACAUGGAAAGGGCUGAGAACAGUAAUUCUUCAUGGUUUCCAGCUGCUCCUCUGUCUUAUCCAGCUGUGGUGUCCAUUUAUAGAAGCUACUGUACUUCAAACUGAUUUCUUGUUGUUUGUUCAAGUCAGGUACUUUAAUUACAUAAUGUUUGGUCUUGUUCCAAGAUGUCUCAGUCCUCUCAUUUAUGGCCUCAGGGAUGAAAAGUUUUUUCUUGAGCUGAAAAGCAAUGUCUUCUUUGUCUUCUAUAAAAAAAAUAUUGUUUGACAAAUUAAAGAAAUUGUUUUCCAACAGAA